AUGUUGUCUACACAAGCUUUGCUCAUCCAUGGCUUCUUGGUCAUGAUUGUUUUAAUCUCUUCCAUGGGGGAAGCUAGACAAUUGAUUGAGUUUAGAGAUCAAGAUGGGACCAACUUUAAAUCUUUUAUACCUGGCCUUCCAGACAUACCUGAACUUCCACCACUAUCAAACAUUCUAGGCUUUCCAGGUUUCCCUUGCAUCCCAGGAAUACCAAGCAUCCCAGGUAUUCCAUGCAACCCAAACAUACCAUUUCCAGGUUUUCCAUGCAUCCCAGGCAUACCAAGCAUCCCAGGUUUUCCAUGCAAUCCUAAUUGGCCAAGUCCACCAAGUACACCUUCUGAAUCUCCAAGCACACCUCCUAGUACACCUUCAGAAUCUCCAAGUUCACCUCCUAAUCCAUAUGACUCACCUGUUCAAUCUCCCAGUUAUCCUCCGGAAUCCUCCUAG